AUGAGCAUAUUGGCGGACCAAACGGUGUUCAUAAUCGAUCGAAGAAAUGCUGAAGAUUUGAUGAGACAAAAACAAUCCAUUCAAAGUGUACUUGCUAAACAGUCUGAUCAACAAAAGUUGGAAUACCGAAAUCGUUUAGAAGCUGCAAUUGACGUGAUAAGAUAUCUUUUGAACCAAGGAUUAUCAUUUCGGGGGCAUCAUGAAGAUGAAUCAUCUUUUAAUAAAGAUAACUAUAUUGAACUUCUUAGGUGGUAUACUAAACGAUGUGAUAAUAUUGCUGAUGCAUUUAAAAAAGCUCCAAAGAAUAAUCAGUUGACUUCUCCAUACAUUCAAAGGGAUAUUAUCACUGCAUGUAAGAUGGAAACAGUUAAGUAUAUCAUUAAGGAUUUAAAUGAUGAUUACUUUUCCAUAUUAGUUGAUGAAUCUCGUGAUGUGUCAUGUAAGGAGCAAAUGGCUAUUGUUUUGAGCCCAUCUUAUAUACGUGGACAAUGUUAUGAUGGAGCAAGCAAUAUGCAAGGAGAUUUAAAUGUGCUUAAAAUCUUGAUACAAAAAGAAAGUAAAGCUGCUCAUUUUAUUCAUUGUUUUGCUCAUCAACUCCAGUUAACUCAACUCCAGUUAACUCUUGCUGCGAUUUCUAGAAGAUGUGAUGAAGUGCAAGAACUUUUAUCGUUGGUUUCUGAUAUAUUAAAUAUGGUUGGAGCUUCUUUCAAGCGUAGAGAUGAACUUCGUGAAUCUCAAGCAAAAGAAAUUGAAGAAGCAUUAAAUGAGGCGAGCUUGAAACUGGUAGGGGUUUGA